AUGGGUCCUGGAGUGAAAGAGCAUGAAACAGAAACUGGAGGAAGAAAAAAUGUCCGACUCAUCUCUUUUUUCUUUUUGCUGAAUAUCAGCAGUUUGCCCGCUCCAAUCUCAGGAUUUGCAAUGAAGUCCUGCAAAAUCAGUUACAACAUUGCCAUAUGUAACAAGUUGAAACUCACAGCUGUUCCUCUAGAUAUUCCCUCAGCGGUGAUACGUUUUGAAUUGUCUGCAAACAGGAUUUCAAGAGUACACGUGUUGGAUUUUGAAAAUCUACCAGGUUUGACACAGCUGGACCUCAACGGCAACUCCAUUUCGCAGAUAGACGACGGUGCCUUUGCCAAUCUGAUUUCCCUGAACAAGUUAAAACUAAAUAAUAACAAACUUUCGGAACUUGGAGCAGAUCUUUUUCACGGUUUGAGCAACCUCACCGAGCUCAGAGUCUCUAGUAACAGCAUCCAAGCUGUGGCAGAGACCACUUUCCAGCCCCUGAAAAGCUUAAAGUUUUUGGACUUUUCUGUCAACAAACUGAAACACAUCACGAAAGUCAAAUCAAUAUUACAGCAUCUGCCAAAUCUGCGAAAACUGCAUCUAAGAAGCAACGGUUUUACCACUUUUUACUCAGAGCAACUGACCAACAGCUCCUUGGUACUUAAAAACCUCGACUUGUCCCUGAAUCGAAUCACAGAUUUUCGGAUCACUGCAAACGUUUUUCCAAAUCUCACCUGGUUCAACAUCGGCGGAGAUCCUGCAGAGACUGCGAUGAUCUGGGACGUGCGUAACAAGACUUUCUUCAGUCGAGUGUCUACUCUUGAUAUUAGUGGGCUUCGAAUGAAUUUAACUGACAUGAAAACAUUGCUGUGGAUGGUAAACUCAUCACUAACAUCUCUAAGGAUCAAUAAUAUGAAGACAAACUUCACAGUGCUAGUUCAAACUGCCUGCACCGUCCCAACACUGUCCGUGCUGCAGCUCCGCCGCAACAAAUUCUUUUAUGUUAGUUCACAUUUGUUCAAGUUGUGCUUCAAUGUAGAAGAGAUCGAUUUAAAAGAGAAUAAGAUCAAAGCCAUCAAAGACGAUGCGUUCAGAUCUCUUCACAGUCUAAAGAUCUUGAGUCUGAGUAACAACAAACUUUCAUCGGUUCCAUGCGCGACAAGGAAUCUAUCAAAUCUGUCAAAGUUGGAUCUCAGCUCCAACAACAUAACCAAACUUGGAUGUGAUGACUUUGCCAAUCAGACAAAGCUAAAACACCUAGACCUUCAUCAGAAUCAAAUCGCAGCUCUCCCAGAAUGCGUUUUCAAGGAUUUGAAACAAUUACAAGGUCUAAAGCUGCAGAGCAACGGCUUGUUCAAUUUAAAUGGUGCUUUCAAAAGUCCCCUGCCAAAUCUUAAGAAACUGCUUUUAAACACAAAUUAUCUCACUGCCAUUACACCUGGGGAAUUCAGCGGGUUGUGGCCCCUCCAGAACUUAUCAUUGCAUGACAAUCUAAUAUCUCAACUUUCUAUUGGGAGUUUCGUCGGAUUGACAAACCUCACAGAUCUCGUGCUACAGAAAAAUCUGAUUAAAAAAACCAACUUAAGCAAAGGUGUCUUCAAUGAUCUGAUAAAUUUGAGAAAUUUGGAGCUGAGGAACAAUCUCAUUAAAUAUAGCGAUACUAAAUCUUUGCUUCAGGCGCCGUUUUCUCAGCUGUCCCUUCUGGAGAAGUUGGCUAUGCCUACCCAACAUGGCAGGGGGGGAUCUCGAUUGCCUCGUAACUUACUGCAAGGUUUGACCAAUCUGUUGGAUUUCAACAUCAGGGACAUUCACCUUUUCUCUUUGCACAAAGACAUGUUUAAUUACACGCCACAGCUGACGAACCUCGACAUCAGCUCUAAUGAACUUGAGGAUCUCUCCCCAGACUGGUUUUCCCAGAUUCCAAACCUUAAAAGCCUUUAUAUUUCCAGAACAAGUCUUACGUCUCUGGACUAUCUAACAGAUGCCAACCUUACCAAGCUGGAGUUCGUGCAGGCGAGAAAGAAUGGAUAUUCAGUUAUCAGUGAAGAUAUAAUAAACUCCUUGCCAAGUCUAGUUUUUGCAGAUUUCCAAGGGAACGGUUUUACCUGUGACUGUGGUAACGCCUGGUUCAUCCAGUGGAUACAAAACAACAACCAAACUCAGGUUUUUGACGCCUAUAACUUCAAGUGCAACCUUCCCGUGAACCUUAAAGGCAUGAAACUCCUGGACCUUGACAUUCGUCUCUGCUCCGUGGACACCGGAUUCAUCAUGUUUAUCUCCACCACGUGUUCAAUCCUCGUGUUUAUGCUGGCGUCCUUCACCUACCAUUUCCUGAGGUGGCACCUGGCCUAUGCAUACUACUUCUUCUUGGCUAUGCUCUUCGACACAAAGCAUAAAAACAAGACACCUCCUAAUCAGUACGACGCCUUCGUCUCCUACAACGCUAAUGACGAGCCCUGGAUCAUGAGAGAGCUGCUGCCCAAACUGGAGGGAGAGCAGGGCUGGAAACUGUGUCUGCACCAUCGAGAUUUCAUGCCAGGUAAACCCAUCGUGGAAAACAUCGUAGACGCCAUCUAUGGAAGCAGGAAGACCAUUUGUGUGAUCAGCCGCAGGUACCUGGAGAGUGAGUGGUGCUCCAGAGAGAUGCAGGUCGCCAGUUUCCGCCUGUUCGAUGAGCAGAAGGACGUUCUGAUCCUCGUCUUCCUGGAGGAGAUUCCCAUUGGCGAGCUGUCUCCUUACUACCGCAUGAAGAAACUGCUGAACAAGAUGACCUACCUGAGCUGGCCUCGAGCCGCCGGCCACACCGAGCUGUUCUGGGAGAAGCUGCGACAGGCUCUGAGGACCGGACAGGACCGAGUGGACGAGCGCUUCCCCCUCAAUGUGGUGGAUAGUCAGCGAGGUGCUCUCAAAAUGGUGGCUAGCCAGAAGAGUAACGCCGGGUUUACACCGGACGCUGUUUUAUCACCAACUGGACUAAGAAGUGAAACUAUUGGACAGACUUCAUUCUGUAAACAAGAUUUAAAAAUGGGUCCUGGAGUGAAAGAGCAUGAAACAGAAACUGGAGGAAGAAAAAAUGUCCGACUCAUCUCUUAUUUCUUUUUGCUGAAUAUCAGCAGUUUGCUCGCUCCAAUCUCAGGAUUUGCAAUGAAGUCCUGCAAAAUCAGUUACAACAUUGCCAUAUGUAAAAAGGUGAAACUCACAGCUGUUCCUCGAGAUAUUCCCUCAGCGGUGAAAGGUUUUGACUUGUCUUCAAACAAGAUUUCAAGAGUACACGUGUUGGAUUUUGAAAAUCUACCAGGUUUGACACAGCUUGACCUCAACCGCAACUCAAUUUCGCUGAUAGACGACGGUGCCUUUGCCAAUCUGAUUUCCCUGAACAAGUUAAAUCUAAAUAAUAACAAACUUUCGGAACUUGGAGCAGAUCUUUUUCACGGUCUGAGCAACCUCAGCGAGCUCAGAGUCUCUAGUAACAGCAUCCAAGCUGUGGCAGAGACCACUUUCCAGCCCCUGAAAAGCUUAAAGUUUUUGGACUUUUCUAAAAACAAACUGAAGCACAUCACGAAAGUCAAAUCAAUAUUACAGCAUCUGCCAAAUCUGCGAGAACUGUAUCUUAGAAGCAACGGUUCAACCACUUUUUACUCAGAGCAACUGACCAACAGCUCAUUGGUACUUAAAAACCUCAACUUGUCCCUGAAUCGAAUCACAGAUUUUCGGAUCACUGCAAACGUUUUUCCAAAUCUCACCUGGUUCAACAUCGGCGGAGAUCCUGCAAAGACUGCGAUGAUCUGGGACGUGCGUAACAAGACUUUCUUAAGUCGAGUGUCUACUCUUGAUAUUAGUGGGCUUCGAAUGAAUUUAACUGACAUGGAAACAUUGCUGUGGAUGGUAAACUCCUCACUAACAUCUCUAAGGAUCAAUAAUAUGAAGACAAACCUCCCAGUGCUAGUUCAAACUGCCUGCACCGUCCCAACACUGUCCGUGCUGCAGCUCCGCAGCAACAAAUUCUUUUAUGUUAGUUCAGAUUUGUUCAAGUUGUGCUUCAAUGUAGAAGAGAUCGAUUUAAAAGAGAAUAAGAUCAAAGCCAUCAAAGACGAUGCGUUCAGAUCUCUUCACAGUCUAAUGAUCUUGAGUCUGAGUAACAACAAACUUUCAUCGGUUCCACGCGCGACAAGGAAUCUAUCAAAUCUGUCAAAGUUGGAUCUCAGCUCCAACAACAUAACCAAACUUGGAUGUGAUGACUUUGCCAAUCAGACAAAACUGAAACACCUAGACCUUCAUCAGAAUCAAAUCGCAGCUCUCCCAGAAUGCGUUUUCAAGGAUUUGAAACAAUUACAAGUUCUAAAGCUGCAGAGCAAUGGCUUGUCCAAUUUAAAUGGUGCUUUCAAAAGUCCCCUGCCAUAUCUUAAACAACUGCUUUUAAACACAAAUAAACUCACUGCCAUUAAACGUGGGGAAUUCAGCGGCUUGUGGUCCCUCCAGAACUUAUCAUUGCAUGACAAUCAAAUAUCUCAACUUUCUAUUGGGAGUUUCGUCGGAUUGACAAAUCUCACUGAUCUCCUGCUACAGAAAAAUAAGAUUACAGAAAACGACGUAAGCAAAGGUGUCUUCAAUGAUCUGAUAAAUUUGAGAAGUUUGGAGCUGAGGGACAAUCACAUUAAAUAUCGCAAUAGUACAUCUUUGCUUCAGGCGCCGUUUUCUCAGCUGUCCCUUCUGGAGAAGUUGGCUAUGCCUACCCAACACGGCAGGGGGGGAUCUCUAUUGCCUCGUAACUUACUGCAAGGUUUGACCAAUCUGUUGGAAUUCAACAUCAGAGACAUUCACCUUUCCUCUUUGGACAAAGACAUGUUUGAUUACACGCCACAGCUGAGGAAGCUCGACAUCAGCUCUAAUGAACUUGAGGAUCUCUCCCCAGACUGGUUUUCCCAGAUUCCAAACCUUAAAAGCCUUUACAUUUCCAGAACAAGUCUUACGUCUCUGGAUUAUCUAACAGAUGCCAACCUUAUCAAGCUGGAGUUCGUGCAGGCGAGAAAGAAUGGAUAUUCAGUUAUCAGUGAAGAUAUAAUAAACUCCUUGCCAAGUCUAGUUUUUGCAGAUUUCCAAGGGAACGGUUUUACCUGUGACUGUGAUAACGCCUGGUUCAUCCAGUGGGUACAAAACAACAACCAAACUCAGGUUUUUGACGCCUAUAACUUUAAGUGCAACUAUCCAGUGAACCUUAAAGGCAUGAAACUCCUGGAACUCGACAUUCGUCUCUGCUCUGUGGACACCGGAUUCAUCAUGUUUAUCUCCACCACGUGUUCAAUCCUCGUGUUUAUGCUGGCGUCCUUCAUCUACCAUUUCCUGAGGUGGCACCUGGCCUAUGCAUACUUCUUCUUCUUGGCUAUGCUCUUCGACACAAAGCAUAAAAACAAGACACCUCCUAAUCAGUACGACGCCUUCGUCUCCUACAACGCUAAUGACGAGCCCUGGAUCAUGAGAGAGCUGCUGCCCAAACUGGAGGGAGAGCAGGGCUGGAAACUGUGUCUGCACCAUCGAGAUUUCAUGCCAGGCAAACCCAUCGUGGAAAACAUCGUAGACGCCAUCUAUGGAAGCAGGAAGACCAUCUGUGUGAUCAGCCGCAGGUACCUGGAGAGUGAGUGGUGCUCCAGAGAGAUGCAGGUCGCCAGUUUCCGCCUGUUCGAUGAGCAGAAGGACGUUCUGAUCCUCGUCUUCCUGGAGGAGAUUCCCACCGGCGAGCUGUCUCCUUACUACCGCAUGAAGAAACUGCUGAACAAGAUGACCUACCUGAGCUGGCCUCAAGCCGCCGGCCACACCGAGCUGUUCUGGGAGAAGCUGCGACAGGCUCUGAGGACCGGACAGGACCGAGUGGACGAGUGCUUCCCCCUCAAUGUGGUGGAUAGUCAGCGAUAGAGUGG